GGUUGACAAGUUAUGUAUAAGCAUUUGUCAUGUAUAGAUUCAAACAGAAAGAGACACCAAAGUGUGCCAAUGAAAAUAAAUGAUCUUGUUAAUAUUAUUUAUCAUUGAUAUGUUAAUAUUGAACUUUUGAUUUUUGCCAACAUAAAAUAUGUCAGUUUGAUAUGGAUCCAGUGAUCUGCUGUUGUAGAUCAUGAUUGAAGUAAUUAACCUGGAUUAUUUUCUUCUUGGCUUACAAUUUCACAUGUUUUAAAAUGCUUAUUUGUUUUAAGGAGUUUAAGAAUUUUUGUGACUUCGUAGCCCAACUGAACCAGAGUAGUUCCGAAAAAGAAAUAGUUUCCUUUGAUUUGGUAACUUAUUUGUCAUUUGAAGUUCGCACUUACAGUUAGAAUACUUUUACAGCUCAAAUGCAAUUUGGCAUGAAUGUUAUGCACUGCAACACUUUAAAAUUAGAAUGAUAAAGGGAACUUAUCCCUGUACUGGCAGUGUUCUAUAAGUCUUUGUAAUUGUCUAGAAAAGGCCAAUAAUGAGUGUGUGGUGAAUACAAACUCAUGAUUUCUAAAUAUGUAUUCAUGCCUAUGAAAAUUUUGAAAAAAUCAAUAUGAUUUCGUUAUCAUAUAUGUAAUUGUCUAUAGCCCGCCGCAGAGAGUUCCUCAAUGUGUUAAGAUAUGGCUCUCAAUUGCUUGCCUUAGUCAUUUGCCUUGUUGUGCUAAUAUUCAUUGAAGUGCAUGUUUCAUAUGAUUUGAACAGCUUCUCUGCUCUGAAAAGCAAUAGUCACAUACGUAUUGUGGCAAAAUUAAAAACUAUAGUGCUUUUUCUACGGCGGGAAGCUGUAAUGCAAGUUUGAAUUUAGACUUCACUCGGUAUUGUAGAAGCUUAUUAGGGAGAUUCUACUGGAAAAAGCUGGUAUACACCAAGUGACAGAUGCAAAUGGACACUCGAAAUUCUCACCAUGGAACAUGUGUUUGAAUCAUGCAUCUCUGUGCCCUACAUGCAUCAGAUAAUUCGGAGCACCUGUUUCGUACAGCGGGACCUAUGAAAGAGGCUAUUUUGAUCCUUGUAGUUGUUGUGGGUAUGGUGAGCAUCUGUGGAGCAUAUGAAUUCUUUGUUGGUGGGAGAGAUGGUUGGGUGCCUGACCCUUCCGAAGCCUACAAUCACUGGGCCGAGAGAAACAGGUUUCUAGUCAACGACAGGCUCAUUUUCAAGUACAACAAGGAAGAGGACUCCGUCCUCGUGGUGUCACACGAAAAAUUCAACUCAUGCAACACGACCGAUCCCUAUCUGAGGCUCGACGGCGGGUACUCGGUGUUCGAUCUCGGCCGGUCGGGGCCCUUCUUCUUCAUCAGCGGCAACAAAACCCGGUGCGACAGCGGCGAGAAGCUGGUCAUUGUGGUUCUAGCCACCAGAACCAGCAAGAACAGCCCUCCCCCGCCGCGCUCUCGUCCGUCUCCCGCACCGACUCCACGGUCCGAUUCGAACCCGCCUACCCGAAAAGCCACGCCGCCGACUUUGUUCCCAUCCAACUCUUCUUCUUCGGCACCAUCCUCUUCAUCCGUUUUGAGGGUUCCAGAGAUUGUUUCCUUUGGAGUGGUUGCUCUUGUCAUGGUCGGGGCCUUUCCUUAAAGUUAAUUUGAUUUGGUGAGUUGGUAAUUAAUUUGUGGUCGUUUUAGAUUAAUGUGUUGUCACCUUUUCUUCUUUAGGUUUAGAAUAAAGUAAUGCAGGGAGGGUUUGUGAUCGAUUUGGUAAUUAGAGUUUUAAAUCUCUCUUUAAUUAAAGAGGAUUGUGUGUUUAACUUAAAGCGAGUAUUAAAUCAUCUUUAUGUUAUGUCAGUUACUUAAUUACUACUGAUUUAAGACAGAAAGCGCUUCUUAUUAUGUUAUAAACACACAGUAGUUAAAUAUAAGAGGAAAAUUUUUACCCGCAGUUCCUUUUGCUAUUUAUGAGAGUUGGGCUUAUACAAAAUCAAAACCAACAUUUAAUGCGGAGCAGUUGAGUGUGGCAUUUUAAGUAGCCCAUUUGGUGAAUUUGUGCAAGCAUUUCAUGUGAAUCCUAAACGGAAUAUUGCUGAGUACUGCAAAAUUUUAGUGGGGGAACAAAAUAAAAGCUAUACAUCCCCCAUACCUACUUCUUAUGAGCUUUUUAUAGUAUAUAUAUAUAUAUAUAUAUUGAAGGCCUGAAAUAUAUAGUUAAUUAUAAUUUUUGGCAUGACCCAGGAAUCAAUGUGGAAAGAAAAAAAAGAAAUAUGAGUUAUUGGCUUUAACCAUAGUUUUGAGUCUAAUUAAUAGGAUACUAAGCCUUUAAAUUAAUACUUUUCAAUUUUAAUUAAUGCCGCCUCUUUCCAUCUCUCUCUGCUUCUAUAUAUAGUCCCCGUCACGUAUAGUGUUUCACUCUUCUAUGAUUGUUGCUUAAAUCUUUGAAACCUGUUGUUAAAUUAUCACUGAAAAGUAAAAAAAAUCAUCAUGAAAUGCUACAAUCGAUCUAUACCAGUUAUAAGUGGUGUUUCAAAUCUUUUUCAGAAUAAACAGGGUUUGAACGAGAUGUGAUUCUUGCGUGAUUAAUCUCAACGAUGCUUUAACUUAAAAAUUAUAUGGUGGCAGAGAAGUGGAACGAAAUAAAAGUGCCUUAUUGUAUUUGUAGGUUGAGACUCGAGAUGUGUGCUGUUCCCUUUCAUUAAUCAAAAACAUACUCGUUUAGUAUAGAUUAAACUUGUCAUGUUUGGGUUCGGAUUCGGGUAGAAUAAAAUCUUGAAUAUCUGGACCCAUUAACAUCCUUAGUCGAGAUGUGCGUUGUUCCCCUCGUGCUAAAUAUAGUUAUAACUCUCUCUCUGUGAAGUUUUAUUGUAUAAGAAGCUCCUCCUCCUCGUUAUAUAUAGUAUGAGGACAUUGGGGAGGGAUAAACGGGGCACCCCUU